UGAUGUGUGAUAACACUUUUCACACUUACAGUUAUUGCUGUAGAAAAGGACAUUUCAACCUGAAUCAAGACACAGCCAAAAUGGCUGUUUUUGUUUUGUUGGUGUGUAUUCUCCUACCUCUGGUUUCAGCCCAACCACCUCAUGACAAGCGAAAUGUUCUCCUUAUAAUAGCUGACGAUGUUGGGUUUGAAACAUCCGUCUACAACCACACUGCCUGCAAAAUGCCCAAUUUGGCGCGGCUUGCUCAGCAGAGCGUGACUGUGCGUAAUGCAUACACCUCGGUCAGCAGUUGCUCACCGAGUCGUUCUGUGAUCCUGACGGGUAUGCCGCAGCACCAGAACGGGAUGUACGGACUGCACCACCAGGAGAAUCACUUCAUGUCGUUUGAUACGGUGAAGAGUCUGCCCCUCCUCCUAAAGCCAUAUGGCAUCCAUACAGGUAUGAUCGGCAAGAAGCAUGUUGGACCAAAGUAUGUCUACAAGUUUGACUUUGAAAGGGAUAGUGACACCCUCAACAUGCUACAGUGUGCAAGGAACAUCACCCAGAUGAAACUAUAUGUCAGAGAGUUCUUUGCGCAGCAGAACAACACAACCCCUUUCAUGCUUUACAUGGGUUUCAAUGAUGCCCAUCGAUGCGGGGGCCAGUACGGCGAGUUCUGUGAGAAAUUUGGCAAUGGCGAGAAGGGUAUGGGGAUCAUUGAUGACUGGAAGCCAGUCUAUUAUGACCCCAAAGAUGUGGAGGUCCCGUACUUUCUGCCUGAUACCUUGACAACGAGAAUCGACAUCACCAAGCAGUAUACAUCACUCAGCAGACUGGAUGCAGGUAUUAGCAUGUUGCUGGCUGAAUUAGAGCGCGUCGGUCAUCUCAACGAUACCCUUAUCGUCUAUACAGCUGAUAAUGGUAUCCCAUUCCCCAAUGCUAAGACCAACCUGUUUGAACCAGGGAUGGGGGAACCUAUGCUUAUUUCUAACCCCUUCGACAAGCAUCGCUGGGGACAGGUGAGCGAUGCCAUGACGAGUACAAUGGAUAUUGUACCUACAGUAUUGGACUGGUUUGGUAUACCUAUGCCUGGUGAGGAGGAGGACGAGACCACAAAGCCAAUCCCCAAGACCAAAGAGUUUCCCACUCCUGAUGAGACGAUUAAGCAACCCAGUGCCGCAUUAACCGGUCACUCGAUGGUGCCUAUCACUGAGAGCGAGCCAGGCACAGGCUGGGACCAUGUCUACGCCAGCCACAACUUCCACGAGGUCACCAUGUACUACCCCAUGCGUGUCCUGCGCAACCGUCGCUACCGCCUCAUCCACAACCUCAACAACCGGGCUCCGUACCCCUUGGCUACCGACCUCUAUGCCUGCCCGACCUUCCUGGAGAUCCUCAACAACACCGUCAGUGGGAAGCCCACCAACUGGUUCAAGACGCUGGAAGACUACUACUACCGUGACGAGUGGGAACUCUACGACCUGCAGAACGACCCCCAUGAGCUGAUUAACCUGGCUGAUGACCCUGAUCAUCAGGAGGUCAGGCAGAAUAUGACCACUCAGCUGCAUUCUUGGAUGAUGGAGACCGCAGACACCUGGCAUUGCUACCCUCAUGGGGUGCGGUUUGGACCUGAUAAUGGGUGUGGUCCCAUGUACAAUGAACCCACUCAGCAAGGAAGCCCUGAGAUUAAUAUCAUUCACUGAUCACAAGAUCGGGAAUGAAAUGCUUUCAUGCUAUUAGACCAGGCCUUCUCAACUGGCGGCGCGCGCGCCACUUGUGGCGCUUGCGCUCAGUCAGAGUGGCGCGCGGCUGUUCCAAAAAAUUAAUAAAAAAUAAAUAAAUAUUAAAAAUUGAAAACUAAAGAAAAAAAAAAUUAAAAAAUUAUAUUUUAAAAAUAAAAAAACUCAGCUGUAACAGCGAUAAGUUGAGCCCAAUAUGUAAGCUAGCCAUUUUGUUUGAUUGAUUUUCACUUCAUUUUGACAUUUUCCGUGAUUAUUGCACCAAAAUAACUACAUUUAAAUUAACUUCCAGUGUGGAUUUUUGCCAGGAAUUGUACUAAUUAUUUCACAUCAAUAUGAAAUUAUGAUUGAUGUUUUAUGGAACAAAAAGGUGUUAAAAUUGCCAUAUCUGGGCCUUAAAAAAGCCCUAAAAUCCACUAGCUUCCGGGGGCUUCGCCCCCUGGACCCCACCCGGUAUCGGCUCGGUUGCUCGGUCCAUCAAACAUACUGGUUGGCACUUCAACCUCAAUAAAUGUUUGUUUUGGCGCUUCUAAUAAACUAGCUGAGAAGGCCUGUAUUAGACUAACCCGAAAUAUAUAUCUAUUUCUCUCUCUCUCUCUCUCUCUCUCUCUCUCUACUUCUCCCUCUCUUCAACCCUCUCUCUCUCCAUCUCCCUCUCUUCCACUCUCUCUCUCUCUCUAUGGAGAUAGGUUCCUGUGGUUGAUUACUCAUGAUACUAAGAAGAUAUUGAUAGAUAUGACCAUGGCAUAUAAAUGUAUAGUGAGGUAUUCCUAAUUGAGAAAAUAAUUUAGUUUUUCUUUGUUAGGAAUUAUUAAUGUUUUCAUUAAAAAAAACUGUCGUUAAAAUGUUCUCUUUUCCGUUUUGUUAAUGUGUAUGUAAUUGUUUAACCCUACAUGAGAUGCAUCCAAUGUAAUUCAAAUCUCAGUCAUGGGUUUUAUGUAACAUCUUUAUUAUUAUUUUAUAUGUUUUUUCUUGAAUAAAGAUGAAUAAACAACAAUGUACAUGUAUAUCAAAAAUGAAUAUCUACUUAUACUGAAAUACAGAUACAUGUAACUUGCAAAUCUGAAUUCAAGUCUCAUGGGAUAAUUGCGGUAAGGUAGAGGGAUUUUUUUUCUUCAAUAUUCCAUACAACAAUUUCUAACAUGGUAACCCCCCCCCCCCCCCCAUGAAAUAGAGGAAGAACAACAAUGGAGAAAGCAAUAACUGUCUAGGCUGAAUAUUGUUAUUAAUAUAUAUAUGAUGCAUGUACAUGUAGAGGUGUCGUGGUUGAGUGGAUAAAUCACUGAACUGUAAGGUCUGCAGUUCGAAUCCUGCUGCGGUACUAAUGUCCUUUGGCGAGAUAUUGAUCUACAUUUGCCACACUCAACCCAGGUGAUGUAAAUGGGUACCUGGCAGGAAUUCAUUCCUAGAAAUGCUAGGGCGCCGUAAUGGUGAAGUCAUUAUAUCGCUAUAUGAGAAUUGUAUAACUGUACUAUAAGUGAUAACCUUUUUCCCUUCUCGUCUAUUAAAUUGUUAGAUGCUGCUUAUAAGUAAUAAUAAUAAUAAUGGUGAUUUAGAUAUCAUGGUGCAACCACAAGCCUACUGUAUAUUAAAAUUAAAAUUUUAUAGGAACAAACAAUGCAUGAAUAAAUGUAUAGGGAAAUGGAUGUUUGAGCAUCUUAUCAUACAACAAAUUCCUAAAGAAUCAGGGUCCUGUUCUCAUUUGAAUGUCGUAUUGUACUGAAUGUAAUCACUGGGCGGGGCUUGUGGUGAGCGUGCACUGAGGAUUGGCUAGCUGUUUUGUCAGCUGACCUCUUCAAACCAAAGAGUAAAUAUAAGAUGAUGUUAUGUAGUGUGUAGUCCUCUUUCACUUUACAACGACUCUUUAUACGUUUCUUUAUGAGAGUUUCAUAUAAAUUUCAUCUAUCUUGAACAUAAUAAUAUUUUACAGUACUAAUUUUAAAGGAUUGUGUAAGAAUCAUGGAUGAAUUUAAUGAAUCUGUUGCCUGAUAUGUCUGAUUUUUUUCCAUUCCUGUUCUUUGAGUAACUAGAGCCCACCAAUAUCAUACAUUUCAUAUCGAUAAUUUUUUUACAAUCAUUUCAACAAAUUUAUAUCUAUAUAGUCUAUGUAUCUGUUUUAGAAAUUCUCAGGCGAUAAUUGAUUAAAAGAUAUAUUUUGAUAUUCUGAUCGAA